GUGUUAUUCUGAGUCCCUGUAGUGAUCCGACCAUGAUAUAGUCUACAUGGUGAUGAGAAUUACUGGAGAAAUGAGUCGUCGCUUGCUGGUGCAGUUGAGUCCACCGCAGAACGGUUCUCCCUCGACCCGCCCGUCGAGACUACGGCCGAGCAACCCAGAGUAGCACCAGCCGCGCGAAACGAAACCCUCGAGACCACUGCUAGCGCAGGACAACUUGUGACCACAAGAGCAUUAACAAUGGUGCCCGCUCGCCUAAAUCAAGGAAACCUCGGAUCUACCUCCGAAGAAACCCCAGUUGCUGGGAGUUCGAUGGAUCUAGGUACUUUUUACCUCUUCAACGGGACUGGGCAAACGACUCAUGGUCUGUCUCACAACAGGAGCCAGGCUAGUCGGUACAGACCUUAUAGGUUGCGGCGCGAACGCACUCCGGAUCUGGAAAAGCUUCUUAGCGAUGUACACGCGGAGCUAUGUCGCAGAGCGGAUGAAAGGACUUCAGCCGCGUCGACCAGCUAUAUCCUACCGGGCAGAGGAGGCACGCUAAGAGCAUUUGACGAUGCUCUACAAAUCCCGGUGUCGCAGGGCACUUCGCUCUUCCACUGCCCGCUCGACCAGUCUUGUCAAAUCCUCGUCUCUGAUCUCAAGCAACAUCAAAAGGAGUUUCAUGAGAACCAGGAGUUCUCAGAAUGUUUAUGGCGUCACCCCACGGGUUAUCGUUGCCACAAGUUAUUACGAAGCCUGGAAGCGCUUGUCAAGCACGUAGGACAAGUCCACCUGCGGCUUACGGCCUGCAGCUGCAGAAAAUGCGGCCGCAAGCUGUCUCGCUCGGACGCACUGAGCCGGCACGAGCAAAAGUGCCGUGGCUUGUAGUCUGGAGGGUAUGUAUGCACCCUGGUCAAUUGUAACAAAGAUGGUGCGUUCACGACAAUACUUGCAGAUUUUCAAUUU